AUGACUUCAAGGCCAAGUCUUUUGAAUGAUUUGAUAAUAUCAAGAUCAGCAUCACCCAAACCAAUAUUACGAGUAAUAGACGAUGAUGAAAUCGAAGAUGAAGAAAUUCAACAUACUUCAAAACUAAGUGAAGAAAUACUAGUUAAUUCAAAUCAAGAUAAAUUAGCUAGAGAAUCAGAUGUAACUGUUUCAAAUAUUCAUAAAUCACAAGCAGAAUAUAGUGGAUUUACAAUUUAUGUAUUAAGUUCAUUAGCAUUAUUAGUUUAUAUAUUAUGGACGUUAACUCCACAAAAUAUUUUAAAAAAUUUAUCAAUUGAUUAUUAUCCUGAUAAAUAUUGGGCUAUUGCAAUUCCAAGUUAUUCAUUAAUGUUGAUGUUAUUUACUUAUUUAGCUUUAGCUUUAUACAAUACUGAGAUUUUAACUUUGAAAUUAAAUGAUGUUAAUAAUUUCAUUGAUGUUAACACUCAAUUUCCUGGUGAAUCCAAUGGUGCUGAAUUAUCAAUUAAUGAAAGAAACAAGUUAGUUCUGGAUUAUGUACAUAAGGCACCUAGUGGUGUUUGGGAUCUACCUAUAACUUUAGUUAAUGAAGUACUUUAUGAUAGAGAAGAGGAUUAA